CCUUCGCCUUUUGUUCUGCAUUUUCUCUCUUUUUCCACCUUGCGUCAUUCUUCACCGACAUUCGUUUUUUGUCCCUCAUCGUUAUGAGGACGUCCGCUCUCUUCGCGCUCGGUGGCGGCGCAAUCGCUGUCUUAGCGCAAAUUCAUCUACCCUUCUCCCAUCAACCUCAGCUGAAGGCCAGUGCCAAUGUCGAAACUAGGGACUCGGCCGGCCGCCAAUCUGUUUCUGUCACGGAUGUUCACGUGACUGAUUGGAAUUAUUUGGUCAACGCCACUGUCGGCACACCGCCACAAGAUGUCUCCUUGAGAGUUUCUGUACAGGCUGAGCACACCUGGGUUCCCAACGCCAAGUAUUGCGACUACUACAACUACAGCGACUAUUAUGAUUCUACUUCUACGAGGAGCGCCUACUACAUCGAUUCGUACUCGUGCAAAUACGGUGCUUUCCAGAGCAACGAGUCAUCCACCUACGUCAAUCCCGGCACCGAAGAUUUCAGUACCAGGUACUCAGUUGGCCGAGCCCAGGGAGAAUGGAUUAGCGACACGUUAUGCGUGGCUGGCAGCCAGAUAUCCAAAAUGAUCAUGGGCUACGUUCAAUCGGCAGAUGUAUUGAUCGGUGUUCUGGGCCUGGGCUUCAACACCACCAGUGGUGCACAAUCCACCGCCAGCCCGAGCAGCACCUCGAAUUAUCCUACUGUUCCUGAACGCUUGUUACAAGAUGGCCUGAUAAGCUCCCCUGCGUACAGUCUCUGGCUGGACGACGCGUCGGCCAAGUCUGGAAAUCUUCUGCUGGGCGCAAUCGAUACCUCAAAGUUCGAAGGCCCUCUGAUCCGCUUCUCAGUGCGCACAAUAUCGGAGUGGUCAACGAACAGGCGAUUUGAUACCUGGAUUACGUCCUUCAAUGGCAGCAAGUCGGAUGUAGAUGAUCUACAGCCUCUUGGAGAAUCUUCGAGCCAAUCAACCGACCCAUAUGAUACCUCGAAUCUGGUCCUCCUCUCGCCAGAUGCUGCUUUAUCAGUGCUACCAGACGACAUAGCCAUAGCUCUCUGGGCUCUCGCUGGCGCUUCUUGGAAUGAUGAUCUCGGCUACGCCAUCAUCCCCUGCGCGGCGGCGAAUACCACCACGGGACGCCUGGCCGUCCAAUUUUACGGAUCGGACGGACCCGUCCUGAAUGUAGCUAUUGCGGACCUCGUGGUUUCUCAAGAUGCUUGGUCUCAUUCUGAGUGGUCUUGGGAGACCGAGUCGGCUUCCGAAUACUGCCUGUUCGGGGUUUACUUGGGCAGCGCAUUCCUCAAGCAUUCCUACAUGGUCUUCGACCUUAUCAAUGAAGAGAUUGCUAUUGCAAAGACGAAAUUCGGUAGCACCCAGACGGAGGACCUAGUUCCGUUCUCGGCCUAUGGAGCCGAGAUUCCCGCGUCGACAAGUGUUGUGCCGGAGUGGUGCUCAUCUUCAUCGUCUAACUGUAGAACAGGGGACUCGGGCUCGGGCUCCGGGGGCGGAUCGUACGACGGUGGUACCACCUACAUGGGCGAUGGUUAUUACCCUGGGCGUCUUCCUCUAGAGUCAAAUCUAGCCAUCGGUCUCAGUGUCGGCGUUUUCUGCACUCUGGUUUUGGGCAUGUCUAUCUGGGCCAUCAGACGAGGCCGCCGCAUCAGCAAGGCGCAGAAAGAGCUGGCUGAAAAGCAAGCCGACGUAGAACAAGGCGGCGAUACACGGGUCGUGGAUGGCGACGGCAAUGGCAGAAACGUGGAUCGAGAGGCCUCGCUUCCUCAACAUCCGCCAGCUGCAGCGACUCGAGAUCCUUCCGUGACCGAUGCAGCUGCAGAGCAACGUGCUACUGAAACUGUGGGAACUGCCAAGUAA